AUGUCUUCAACGUCCAGCCCGAAGAAAGACCGCAAAAUCUACCAAUAUUUCUCGCAACCAGCUGCCAAGAGGUUCAAGGACGAUAAUUCGGAUGACGGGGAGGCGGGUAGUGACGCAGGGGGCGAUUGGGAGAAUGGGCAGCCGGAAUUGCCGGAUUUCGAAGGCGAAUUGGUCCCGAUCUCUUAUCUACAACAGCAUAUUCAGCCAAUGAUCGAAUAUAUGAAAAAGAACAAAAAGAGCACCUCGUCGGCCAAGCACUUCAAGAAAUCCGCCACCGAAUACUUUGCCCAUAAGGGUAUCGAAGAUCCUGGCAAAUGGGCGAAAUGCCUCGACCACUAUCUUCGCAUUGCCCUACGAUCCACCAACCUGUCCAUCGGCCAUUGUUGCAACAUUUUACAACACUACCUACAGAAGGGCGAGACAGUGCGCGAGUACCCGGAUUGGCCUAAGCCGCCUCUCAACUUUCAGCGCACAUAUGCAAAGAAUAAUGGCAUCAAAUUAGGAUUCGGCAGCGGAUUUUCGGAGUUAACUGCCGCAAUUAACGGAGAUGCCGACGGAAGGGCUGAAGCUGAAGCUGAAGUUGUGGAGGCCAAUCAGAGAUAUGUCCAGGAAGUCAAAGAAUUUCGUGAGCUACACGACAAUCUCAGCGACGAGCAGCUGCAAUUUAUUCAGAAGACGAUCGCCAAGUACGAAAAGCUCGGCAGACUCCAACAAAAAGCUCCCAAGGGAACUCCCAUCAAGAAGAAGCCAGCGGCCAGGGUACCAUUUUUCGAGACACCCUAUGAAGCUUUUUGCCAUGCAUAUCGUGAUCAGUAUACUGAUCUGGAGCCAGAAAAACGCACGAAGAAGCUCACCAAAAAAUUCAAGAAGCUGAGUGACACCGAACUCGAGGUGUACCAACGCCUCGCCGAA